UUAAACGCAGCUCCUCUGACCAAAACCAGACACGCAUACAAACACACACACAAAGCACCGGGGAAGCAUUGCUGCUGGGACGUGACGCGACUGAUCCUGAGCAAAAAGCUGCUGCUGUUUAUUCCGAGGAAUGGGGCGACGCUGCUCGUGUCCACUGACGUUAACAAGCCCAGCUCAAAGCAAACGCAAUAACAUCGCACCGUCUGCCGGUGAGGUCACUGUGGCACAAAGCAAAGCGACCUGCGCGGACACGCAACGGAGAUUCCGUCACAUCACAGCGGCUUUGUUCGUGCGCUGAUUGACUGCUUGGCUUUGGAUGAUAUUUUCCCAGCAGAACCUUAUCGAUUAUUGCAAGACAAAAAGGCUCUCGCUGAUGGAUCGUGGAUAGUUACUGAUGAACCCAGCGGGACUGCAGCAGCGGAGCCCAGAGGAGAAAACGAGAGCGCGUCCACAACGACACAUCUGAUUAAAUAAAACAGCACUCUUUUUGACUAAUUCACCAUUAUAGAUAAAGUUCAGGACUGAGGCGAAACUAUGGCUUUGGUCCUAUCAAUGAACCCAUUUUGUGAGCCUGAGGCAGAAGCCCCGCCAUCCAUCUACCAUCCGAUCUGGGAAUCUGAACAUUGCAGUAAAAGCUGUAUCUCCACCCCCUCACCACCAGGGGGUGACACCCAUGGGCUCAUAGAAGCGCCCCAUCACAGACGAGCUCCUGAUCAUGUGAUGGAUCGUGUGGCCAUGUCACGGAUCUCUUAUUUCAAGAGGAAGUUCGUGGAGGAUGAAGAACCUGUACUGAGCUUCAGGAGUUACUGCCACACUGUGUCACCGGUCCUGGAGGAGCGCACUCACAUUCUCCGUCUCUCUCUUUCGAAACUGCGUUUCAUGGAUGACCCAGAGUCCUUCUUACGGCGCUCCGUGCUCAUCAACAACCUUCUCCGUCGCCUCAGAAAUGAAAUCCUCCUUCAGAGUGACUGGUGCUUCCCAUCGGGUCCCACAGCAACACCUUGUCCCCUCCAAUCCCCUGCCACAAAUAACCCUCUUCCCCCUCCAGUCCUGCAGCCCUGCAUUACGCCACCUGGGCCGUACCGCAAACGCCUGCGUCUGCUGAGGAGGGAAGGCCCAGAGUGCAUCCCAGCCUGCUGCUGUUUAUACGCAGCCGGCCGUUACCUUCAGCUUCCUCUGUCUGUGUACGAACGGGAUGUAUACACCAACUCUCACCCUACUUCUUCAUCACCAUCUUCAGUUAGAUUUCCACAGCUGCUGGAGGAGGAGGACGAGGAGGAAGACAGUGAUGAAGAAGAGGACUCUGUGUGUCCUAUGUUGGCUCUCUGUCAAGCUGAAACCAGAGAGCAGAACAGGACGUGGGAUGGUCUACGUCCACAGAGCCACAGGGAAAACGAGACCCAGGAGAGAGAGAGAGAGAAAGGGAAGGAGAGGGUUAGAGGAGGAGAGGUUUCACAGCGAUGGAUUACAGACGCUAUAGGUACUGGACACCAUGGGCCUCUCACCAGGGCUCACGUGAGGGGAAAAUAACAACUGAACACUUGCUGUGGAAACAAAGGAAGAAACUGGUUUCCAGCGGCCAAAUAGAUGUUACGUAUAGGAACCAGAAUAUCAAUGGUCAAUGUUUUUGAAUUUUUAGGUACUUUUUUGUACUUCUGGAUUCCGCAACAUCCCAGAUCAAAAGGGACAGUGAAUUCACAUAUUGCUUGUCUCUUGCGAAAAAUACCAUACUGUGCCUUAAAUGUUCCUGUUUAAUCUGUUUGAUGUGUUUAUAGAUAUUUGUGACUGAACCAGUUUAAUCCGCAAAGUAUGGAAGCUCGUUUAAAUAAACUCACAGUUCUGAGAAGAAAAGACAAGAGUUGCAAAAUAUAAACUCACAGUUGUUAUAGGGAAAAAAAAAAUUGAAUAAAAAAAAGUAACAUUUAUCUUAUUUUAUUACAUAUCGGAAAUUGCUGAAUUUUCAAUAAUUUGAGGUUUAUAUCUUGCAAUUCUGCAAUUUUAUCUAUUCCAUGGCAGAAAUAGCCUUCCAUAGUGAUGGGCACCAUGUGAAGUAAAAAAGAUUCACACUCAUUUAGAAUUUGUAAAGAAAAAAAAAUGCUAAUAAUAAUAAAAUGUUCGAAAUUUCAUAGGCACUUGAGAAAUGCAUGUCAUAGGUUGCUUUCCAUGACGAUCAUGUUUACAGGCAGUGGAUUUUAGCCAGAAUGCAUGAGGCCCUGAAGGUGGCCAUAAUGUUUAAUAAAAUACUAUUUCAUUUAGCACCCUUAACAUUUCAUACAUUUGCAUAUUCAUGAGAUAAAACAACCUAAUUGAUGUUUGCUGACAGAGAUCACAGAUACAGUUAACUUAUUAUCCCUAUUAAUUAGUUUUUUUGAGGUCCACUGAUUCAAGUGAUUAUUGGUGCGAAUGAGAGAAUCUUCAGUCACUAUGAAAGUUUUUAUUUCAUGCACUUUCUUUGUUUAUGUGUUUUCUCUACAUUUAUUUUUUUAUUUCAAUAAACACAACACGAUUGGAGAACCGAGGAGCUGAUGAUAACUGCGCAUUAGCAGACUUACACACAGCGCGUCUGAACCAAACUGGUUCUUUUGGUGAUUCAUUCUGAACUGAUUCUGUGCUAAUGUUAUGAGCCCAGGUAAACCGAAGGAUUGAAUCAAGGGCAAUCAUCGCCAAUGACGUCAUUACGUCGAGCGCAAAAGAACCGUUUAACCGUUUUCUUCAACCGGUUUAUUGAAUCGAACUGUCCGAAAGAAGUACCGGUGAUCCGAAAACCAAUGCACCCGGUUCUUGACUUGUGAACGAGUCAGUCUGUUGUUCGUUAUCUGGCUUGGCUCAGUGUUUAUCUUCAGUUCUCUAUUCACAGCAGUUCAGUCAGUGUACUGUUUGAGUGCAUGAAUUACUCCGGGAUAUUGGUUUAUUUUAACUCGGAGUGUCAGCCACAUUAAAAAAGUUAACAGCUUCAUUUGAGUCAUUUGUGGAUUAAUGCGUAUUGGAGACACAAAACAUUUCAAACGAUUCAAUUCGAUUUGGUGAACUGGUUCAAAAAGAUCCGGUUACAUCGAGUGAUUCGUUCGCGUGACCCUCUGAUGUCACAUGGACUACUUUGAUGAUGUUUUUCUUACCUUUCUGGACAUGGACAGUACACCGUACACACAGUUUCAAUGGAGGGACUGAGAGCUCUCGGACUAAAUCUAAAAUAUCUUAAACUGUGUUCCGAAGAUGAACGGAGGUCUCACGGGUUUGGAACGACAUGAGGGUGAGUUAAUAAUGACAUAAUUUUGAUUAUUUGGGUGAACUAACCCUUUAAGCUCAGAACUGCUUCGAGAAUCAUUUCGAAAUAACUGAAAAAAUUAUUCUUAUAUUAAAUGUAUAUUCAGAGAAAUGUACAAAGUUUUCUGACCUUAGAUGCAUUUAAACCUGUUGUAGGGGACUCCAACACAAUAUUAGGACACUUUAAAAUACCAUAUGACCUGCUCUUUAAACAUUUUUUCAGGUUUGAAUGUGUGUGUUUUUUGUGAGAUGUGUUAAGAAUAAAGGAAUGAUCCCAAGCUUACAA